UCUACCCUUUCACACACUGACAAAUAUAGUAACACAUGCUAAUGACUGCAGUUGACGUCAGGCAGCGAGUGGGAAGUGCUGAGGAGCACGGGCUGAUCGGACCCAAACAUCGGCUGCUCACCCUGAACCAUGGCUCGCUUUGUCCUUCGUUUUUCCGGGCUUCUCUUCAGGGAAAACCUUCCCAGGACCGUCAGUGGGUGGAAGAGGGUUCAGUGGACACGACCUUUUCAUACCAGGGCAGGUUUAAGAUCACUGACGCGAUAUGAUGAAUCAACCAUAAAUGUUGAUUGGCAAAAGAAGCUGACGCCAGAGCAAUACUUUGUGACUCGAGAAAAAGGAACUGAACUGCCUUUCAGUGGAAUCUAUCUGAACAAUUCUGAGCCAGGCAUGUAUCAUUGUGUGUGCUGCAAUGCUGCACUCUUCAGCUCAGAAACAAAGUAUGAUUCUGGGUCCGGAUGGCCAACUUUCUCGCAAGUUGAAGGUGCAGAGGGCAAUGAUGAAAGCAAUUCUAAUACAUUGCGACGCACAGACAAUUCCAUGGGGUCCACUGGAACAGAAGUCAUCUGCAAAAAGUGUGAUGCACAUUUGGGCCACGUGUUUGAUGAUGGACCAGAACCUACAGGGCAAAGGUUUUGCAUCAACAGUGUUGCAUUAACUUUCAAACCCACUUCUUCCCAGUGAUUUGCAUCUUAACAUAAAAGUAACAGCAUGUUGUGCAACAGUUUGUUACCUAACAUGUAUACAGUAUGUUUUUAAAGCUUGACUGAGUUCCCAAAACAACGGUAGUGCCAUAUGUCAGUCAUUGCAUGCUUUCAUAUUAGCUUCUUUUGUGUUAUUUGUUAGCUGAAAAUACUGUAUUGUGCAUUAACAGAACGAGCAAGUUGUACUUUCUAAACAAUGUUUGCGCAAAGAUACUGGAAGUUUAAAGUUUAAGUAAAGUUCAUAUUUCUCUUAUAUUUGAUGUGACCUGCUCAACCAUGUAAUUUUGUAACAGAUGAAUAUUAAAUUAAUAUCUAAGUGAUUUAUUCUUUUACAAAAAUAAUUAUAAAGUCAGGUAUAUUGAAACAAAAUCAUAUUACAUUUCUGAUGCGCUAUUCCCCCAUCCAAACACAACUACGUUUUAAAAGUUCUGUAGUUGAUUACUCUGGUGAGAUUUGCCAAAAUAGCAUUUUUGUAGGUAGUUCAAAAAGCCAACAAGACAUAGAUUUAAUUUGGUCACAUGUGAAUUCAGACAACUAUGUUUUCCUGUUUCAGUUGAGAAUCAUGUGCAUCAGGAGGAAAAGACUUUUCAUCUAUUUUUGUUUGAUGUACUGAAGUCAGACUUCAAUUCUGUGUCUUAUAUUGUGAAUACAUAUGUGUAAUUUAAAAUACUUAGUUGUGACAUGAAUGUACAUACUGUAUCUCUUUCUCUACUCUGUUUGUGUUGUACAACGCAUUAAAAUUAGUGUUUCCUUUGAA